AUGAGUACUGAUAUACCAUUAACUGAUAAUGAGACCAAUGCAUCUUUCAAAUUAAAAAGUGAAAUAAAUUCUAUAGAAAAUGAAUUAAAAAAUUGGUUUCUUAAAAGAAGAUUAAAUAUGGAAAUAAAUUAUUCUUUAAAAAAACUUUUUGAUAGUUAUAAUUUCGUAGGAUUAUCUAUUAAUAACAAUAUAAAUUUAAAAGAUAAAAUGUUAUGGUAUGAUAUUGUCAAUGGAAAGCCAGAAUUAGAAGAUACUUUAAGUAUGGAUGCGAAAGAAUAUAAAGCGGAUCAAUAUUUAUAUUUAUGGAAUAAAAGUACUACUGUAGAUAAUGCUUGUAGACUGGUUGGAUCUAUUUAUUUUCGCUGUUUAAAAAAUAAUUAUCAAUUAAAACAAAGAGAACGUGAACAUAAUUGUAUUCAAAACUUUAUCAACUUUAAUAACUGCAGAAAAGCUUUAAAACUACAACAAGCAAAUAAUAUCAAAGAUUCUUUAAUCAAACAAAAUAUGGAAGAUAAUAUUGCAAAGGCCUUAUUUGAAAGAAGAAGUCUAUUGCUUGACAUGUUAGGGGAUUCCAAAUAA